AUGUCGACUGGAAUCAUGACUAGGUCUGCCAGCCAGGCCGAAGGCUCCUUUGCCGAAUUCGCUAAGAUGAUGGACGAAUAUUUAAAAAAUUCCAGCAUUUUCAAGGAUGUCAUUGUUAGUGCUGUUAACACCGCAAUUGAUGUCAAAAUCCAACCGCUACAAGAAGAGAUUGCCUCACUCAAGGAUGAAGUAGCUUCGCUCAAGUCAAAAUUCGUCAUUGUAGAAGCAAAAGCGAAUGAAAACGAGCAAUACUCUCGGCGAAAUAAUAUCAGAAUCUUCGGUCUACCCGAAGCAAAGGAUGAAAAUUGUUAUAAAAUAGUUAUUGAUUUGUGUAAAGACGAACUCAAAAUUGAUGUUACUAGUGACGACAUCGACCGAGCACAUUGUGUCAGAAAAUUAAAACAAGCUAACGCCCUAAAUGUAGGCGAAGGUCAAGCAUCUUCACAGCCUCGAGCUAUACUUGUGAAGUUAAACGGCUAUUUUACCAAGCUAAAGUUCAUGAGAGGAAAAAGAAAUCUUAGCUGCAAACGGAUCUACAUUAACGAAGAUUUGACGAAAAUCAAUCAUCGUUUAUUAUUGAAUGUAAAAGAGUUAUGUUCGCCAGGCGUGAAAGUUUAUUCAGUCGAUGGAACUGUCGUAGCUAGAAAGCACGAUCGUGUGUACCGUAUCAAAGAGAAACAUAUUCAUAGAAAAGUGGUGGUUAUCCGCCCACACGAUAAACCCUGGAUGAACAGUAAGGUCAGAAAGGCUAUUAGGAAGCGAAACAGACUGUUAAAAAAUUAUUCUAGAUCAAAAACAUCAGUAACUUGGGAAAAAUAUAGAGCACAAAGAAAUUAUACCACAACAUUAAUAAGAUCAAAUAAAGCGCUUUACUAUGCAAAUUUAAAUAAUAAGCUUCAGGAACCCGAGGUAAGCUCAAAAAAAUGGUGGGGGAUUGUUAAAUCUUGGGCAAAAUAUGGGCAAAAUAUGGGCAAAAAAUGCGCGAAACGGUCCCAACACUCAUGGAAGGUCCAAACAUAAUUAGCGAAGCUAAAGAGAAAGCUGAAGUAUUGAAUGAUUAUUUUUGCAAUCAGAGUACCAUUGACGAUGGUGCUGCGACUAUUCCUAAUGAUAUUAUAUCUUUCCAGUCUUCUGUCAUUUUGUCAAACGUGAUUGCUACCGAAUAUGAAAUAAAUUGCCUCUUACGUGGAGUAAAUAUUAGUAAAGCAUGUGGUCCAGACGGUAUAAGCAAUAGAAUUAUCAAGAUUUGUGCAGACGGUAUAACCAGCGCCUUUACGUAUAUAGUUAACCUUUCACUGUCGUCAGGUGUUUUUCCUGAGCAAUGGAAAGCAGCAAAUGUUAUUCCAUUAUUUAAAACCAAAGUAGAUCGUGAGUCAAAGUUGAAUUAUAGGCCGAUUUCAUUGUUAGAUUCAUUAUCUAAAAUAAUUGAAAGAGUCGUUUUUACAAGACUUUACAAUUUUUUGUUGGAUAUAAAAUUCUUAAACCCAUUGCAAUCAGGCUAUCGGCCAGGUGAUUCGACAGUAAAUCAACUAGUAUAUUUAGUACAUAAGAUCCACGAGACAUUUGAGCAAGGCAAAGAAGUAAGAAUGGUUUUCAUUGACAUCAGUAAAGCGUUGACAGAGUUUGGCACAAGGGUCUUUUACACAAGCUUCAAUUAAUUGGUGUUGAGGACCCUUUAUUAAGUUGGUUUGAAAGUUAUUUAUCUAAUCGGAAACAACGAGUGGUCAUAGAUGGUCAGUAUUCACAGUGGAAAAAUAUAAACGCAGGUGUGCCUCAGGGGUCCGUACUUGGUCCGUUGCUUUUUUUGAUUUAUAUAAACGAUAUCACUGAAAACCUUGAAUCCCAUUCUUUAUUACAUGCUGACGACACUUCCUUGUAUGAUGUUGUUGACAAUCCAGAUACGUCUUCAACAAAAUUAAAUAAUGAUCUUAUAGAAAUAGAAAAAUGGGCAAAACGAUGGCUUGCUACUAUAAAUAUAAAGAAGACAAAAUGCAUGACUUUUUCAGUUAAAAGACUCAAACCACCCCAUCCCGAUCUUUAUUUUGCAAACGAGAAAAUUUGUGAAGUUCUGCAACAUACUCAUCUUGGCGUCAAACUUACAGCAAACCUCUCUUGGAAAGCCCAUAUUGUAAAUAUUUUUGAAAAUGCUAAUAAAAAGUUAAAUAUGUUAAAAGGCCUAAAAUUUAAAGUGAGUAGAGACACUCUAGGCAAGUUAUAUAAAUCACUUAUUCGUCCUGUUAUGGAGUAUGCGGACGUAUUGUGGGACAACGGUAUAGCCAGUGAUUGUGAUCUACUUGAGCAUGUACAAUAUGAGGCAGCUAAGAUUGUAACCGGGGCAAUAAAAGGAACUAGUAAGCAUCGUCUCAUGCAAGAAGUGGGAUGGGAAAGUAUGUCUACUAGAAGAAAAAUCCAUAAGCUUAUAUUAUAAGAUUGUAAAUAACCUGAGUCCAUCUUAUCUCAAAGAAUUACUUCCUUUACAAGUCUCCGAAAGAACAAACUAUUCUCUAAGAACGGUUUCAGAUUUUUCUCUUUUUAAUAGUCACACUGAACGUUACAAGACUGUGGAAUAGUAUAAAUAUCGAGAUGCGUUCGCUAGUUUCACUCGAUUUCUUUAAAAAUGCUUUAGUUAGCAUUUUUGACUUACCUGUUCCAAAUGGCAUUUAUAAUUUAUCAAAUGAUAGAUUUUCCUCUGUUUAUCACACUCGCCUGCGCUUAGGUGCUUGUGCACUAAAUUUCUACCUCUUUAAAAUAAGAUGUAAAGUAUCCCCAGUUUGUAUGUGUGGUUUUAACACUGAAACUAUAAAAUAUUAUUUUCUUUAUUGUCCAAUUUUUGCUGCCCAAAGACAGAAACUGCUCUCCUCUGCUGCUCAGUUGUUUGCUGACGAUUGGUCAAGAAUAAACGACGCACAAAUUGUUGAAAUGUUUUUGCAUGGAUCAUCUUUAUUAUCAUUAGAAUUAAACAGAGAGUUAUUUUCUCUUGUGCAGUCAUACAUAAAUGAAACAAAACGUUUUCAUCCGCACGAUUCUUGACUUCUGUCAGUUCUUUUUUCCCUCUCUUUUAUUAUAUACUUGGCAUGUUAUGAAAUACUGUGUGCAAUUGUAAGGAGUGAGCCCCCUAGAUGAGCGCAUGCGCUCUUGGGGCAAACUUCGUUUGUUUGAACAAUUAAAAUAUGUUUAAAUCAUUACCCAGUGUAUGGCUUGUGCUUGCUAUGGUAGCCCUCCUAUCAGCUAUCAGUCAGCCUAAAACAUGUGUAAGGGGCUGCUUAUAUAGAGGCGAGCCGCCCAGCUAACCUGGCUAUAGCUCGCUUUCCCUGGAUGAAUGUCUGGUUACAUGAGCCUCUUUAGAUGGGCAGGCUUGCCAAAACAAAUCACCCAGACUGAGUUAUAUAGUACAAGCACAUUUCCCAAUAAAGUGAACCAACAAGUGAUCAAUCACUCAUACUUUUGCAGACAGUCUCGAAAUGUAUAAAUUGACAAAAACAGUCACAGAGAUCUUUUUACCCAGCUGGGCCCAGGGGUAAUACCGUGCCAAAUCGUGGGUGAUUGUAUAUAAUUUAUAUGGAAAAUCCUAGCUUAGCAUUAGCAAGAUUUUGGGACAAUGAAUUUUGGGUCAAUUAUGCACAGUUUCUAUUUUAAACACCCUUUUCCAGAAAAGUUGUAUUCAUUUGGAUGAUGUUAGUUCAAUUGUAUGCUUACAUUAAAUGAGUAAAAGCAUUUGAAUUUUGUAUUUCUUGCUUUGUAUGUAUGCAAACAACCAAAAAUAGCAAAUUCAUUGUCAAUCAAUCAAUAAUUUUUAUUUUGUGUGUGUUGGUGUUAUGUACUCAGGUGAAUAUAUGGUGUUUGUGAUGUUACUGUGAGUGUGCAUCCACACCGGGCAAGUUAGCUUGGCCACAGUGGGAAUCGAACCUGUGACUGUGGCCGAGCUAACUUUUCAGCUUGCCCAGUGUGGAUGCACACUCAGUGAGAGUCAGUGGCGUAGCCAGCCCGACAAUUUAGUCCCGCUAUGCAAAUUCAAAAUUAUCAUCAUUAUUCAUUUCUCUAGAAAUUUAUUGUUUUCACAGUCGAUGAACAUGAAAAUAUUUGCAUAGCGGGACCAAAUAGUCGGGCUGGCUACGCUACUGGUGAGAGUAACAUCACAAACAUAAUAUAUUCACCUGAGUACAUGACACCAACACACACAAAAUAAUCGUAUCAUUGAAUACCCCUGUACACUGAUAUCGAAGGGACUAGACUCAGUUCCAAAAUAUCAUCAACUCGAACAGACUUGACCAUGUAGCUCAGUUGGCAGAGCAUUGGACUAGUAUCCCAAAGGCCGCAGGUUCGAUUCCCACCGUGCCCAAACUAACUUUUCAGCUUGCCCGGUGUGGAUGCACACUCAGAGUAACAUCACAAACAUCAAUCAAUAAUUUGCUGCUGUUAUAUAUCAACCUUAUAUAUAUUUUUCUUACUAGGGAUUCUCAUUAAUAUAUGGAUUUAACAAAUUAGCUUCCCAGGAGAAGGCAAGUUGUCAAAACAAGUGGUAUUAUAUGUAAUCAUUAAUGGCAUUCUAAGAACUUCAUGGUCUAUUUGGAAAAUGUUAUUCUUUUGCUGGAGAGCAUUUUUGUGAAUUACAAAACCAUGCAAGGGAUGGAGUUGCCGACUUGUGGUAUACAGCUUGUUUUGUACUAAAUUUUUACUAAUGGACUUGCUUGACAUGUUUGAUUGAGAAGUGACACUACAUACAUUUAAUACAUGCAGUAUAUUUUACUUGUAAAGUUUCUACAUUGAACAGAAUAUUAACCCUUUACUGUAAGUGGCAAUUUGCUUUACUUUUUUAUUUUUUCUGUCAAAUGUGGUCAGACAAUUUUUGCUCAUUAAGGAGAGAGUGCUGCCACUUAAUGGGUUAAAGCUUUUCUGUAAAUGUAAAUUUUUUUAACAAUAACUAUGUAAUAGCCGGUACUGUGCUGAGAAUGGAACCUGCUGCCCUACAGGUGAUACUGAUCAGCUUUUUAACCGUCAAAGGUCCUGAAGCCCUAAGAGUCCAUCACCCUGACAGUCGAUCAAGCUCUACUGUAACCAAAGUGUCAUCCUGGGCAGUUUAUUUAAUACACUACCAAUGACACCACCAUGGUAUACAUACAACAACUUGUGGUUACCUCUUGGCAAAAGGGCUCUUUAGGUCAGAGGGCUGCGGUAGAAUUGCAGUGCUGCAGGUUCAAUUCAUGCUGACAGGCUUGUAAUUUGUAUGUUUGUGAUGUUACUCUGAGUGCAUAUCCACACCGGGCGAGCUUGAAAAAUAUGUCCGGCCACGGUGGGAUUCGAACCUACGACCUUUGGAAUACUAGCCCAAUGCUCUUCCAACUGAGCUAUGCGGUCAGGACGGUUCGAGUAAGUGAUAUUUCGGAACAGUAUCUAGUUCCUUCAAUACCAAUGUGUUCUUGUAAUAUGAAAUAGGCUUGUAAUUGUAUUGCACAUGUAUUCAUGAUAUCAUUCUAAUCAUGUAUUCAUGAUAUCAUUCUAGUCAAUUUAGAACUUCAUUACAAUAUUAUAGGGUGUAAGAGUAUUUCAUUAUAUUAUGCUACAGCAAAUUGUAUUUCCUGCUAUAAUAUACCUUACUUGUAGGGAUAAUAAAUUAUUUUGACUUGAAAAAUGUCUUUAUUGAUUUCUAAAGUUAGUUAAAGACUUUUCUUUACUCCGAUAUAUAGAAGUCAUUUUGUCUCCAAAGGAGUCGACUUGACUCCAAAAGUGGAGUAAAUAAAAAAGGUACAGAACGACUCCUUUUUUGGAGUAAAUUUUACUCCUUUAUUUACUCCAUUUUUGGUGUAAAUUUUACUCCUUAAGUAGAGUUGUUUUUACUCUUUGAGGAGUUUUUCUAUUUUUAAUGUUUUGUUGUUUUACACAUUUAUUUAUUCCAUAUUAAAGGUAUACAAGUAGUACGUGGUAGAGGUAAUGCGAGAGUAUAUCCAUUUGACGAGGAUCAAAAAGAACGUAUGCAUCAUGAAAUGGAGUUAUUGGCGUUAGAAGCACUUGAGAAGAAAACUCCUCAGUUUGGCGUGAAAGGGCCGAGUAUGCUGAGUAAACUUGGACAUUUUGAUCUCGUUCAUGGUUUCGUUCCUGAUUUCCUUCAUUGUUCUCUACUUGGAGUGACACGACAACUCGUGUCUCUUUGGUUUGACAGCAACAACCAUGAAAGCCCAUGGUACAUUGGACAGCCAUUGAAACAAAAAAUGUAUGACAAUCAUUUAAAAGAUAUCGUUGUUCCGAAAGAAGUAUGACGCCUGCCAAGAUCCAUAGCAACACGAGAGCAUUGGGAAGCUAAUGAAUAUAAAACAUUUCUUUUGUAUUACUCGCUUAUCAUCUUGCAAGGUGUUCUUCCACUUCGUUUCCUCAACCACUACUUCCUUUUUGUAUGGAGUCUUCAUCAGCUGCUUGGCACUUGUAUUUUAAAAGAUGGCUUAGCGAAAGUUAAGGCUGCACUUGAUCUUUUCAUUGUGAAGAUGGAAGAGUUGUAUGGCGUUUCUCAUUGCUCCUUUAAUGUUCAUCAGCUGUCUCACUUGGCUAAGAGUACCCAGAUGUGUGGACUAUUGUGGGCUGUAUCUACUUUCGUGUUCGAGAGUAACAACGCGACUCUCAAGAACAUGAUCCAAGGAACACAAUAUGUUUCUGACCAGGUGUGCCAAACCUAUGCUAUCAUGAAGACAUUGCCUCUCUUUAUGAAACAAAGUGUGCAAGGUAACGAUAUCGUUUCUGAAGUCUUGGACAACUUGGUGCACGGGAAAUCCUUAAUGAAAAAGGCUGUCAAAUUGUCCCAGAAUGUAACAGCAUUUAGUAAAAGCUAAAGUUCGCAAUGUUUCCGUCGACGAAAGUCUACCCUUAACUGAAGCUGUUGGAGGAGUGGUGAACCGCGUUGUCUACGAAUACAACAGAUUUGCAUUAAAUGGGAAGCUGUACGAAAGUGAUAAGUAUCAGAGGUCGACGAAGCGUAAAAAUUGUUACGUCAACGCGAAACGUCAGGGCAGAACAUUAUAUUGUAAAAUAAAUGGAUUGGUUACCGUAAAGAAGUGCAAUUGUGACAUCCAGCAUCACGAGCAAUGUGGUUGCUCUAAAGCCAAUGUUCUUGCAUGCACUCUUCUUAAUGUAUUGAGAGACCGCCUUUAUAAAUGUACUCUCUUGAACAUAACAUCUGAUUUUAUAUCACAAGUUACCGAAUCACCAGAAGUAGUUACACUGGACAUGAGUGAAAUAAUCUCCAAGUGCAUCAAAGUUUGUCACAACAAAAAGACCUAUCUGAUUGACAUGCCAAAUAUGGUUGAAAUGGAGUAG